UGCGAGUGCAGCCUCACGAAUGGUUCAGUCGCUGCUCGUGUCCGCAGUGUGUCCUCACGCUCGGUAAACUCAGUAAAGACAGGCAUCGUAUCUGGGUGCUUCUUGAUCAGCCAAGAUGCAGUUUGAGGACGAGAUACCGAUGAAAGAAUAUGUCAAGAUUGUAAGUGACAUGGUUACAUUCUCUGCAAUUUUGGCAAUCGCUUUGUUCUUCUGGAUCUUUUCAAUAGCAGCCAGCGCCUUCUUUGGCACUUUGCAGCCUGUAUCACCGUGGCGUUGGUUUUUUUCUAUAUUAACCCCCUUAAGUCUGACCUCCCGCGCAAAGAAGUCUGGGAGUCUAGAUCGUGGUGGAGCUCUGGGAGGACUGCUGGUUGGAUUCAUCCUGAUGAUGGCAAACAAGAGCUUUUUCACAUCCAUGCUGGUAUUUUUCAUAACAUCCUAUGAACUCACAAGAUGGACAAAAGCUGAGCAACGUAAUGAAGAGGUGGUAGAACACAAUGCUGGGACCCAGAAAAUGGGCUGGGUGCAGGUGCUGCUCAACGGGGGGGUCCCCAUGGAGUUGGCUCUGCUAUACAUAGUUGAGGCGGGCCCCAGGGAAACUGCUCUGGACUUUGAGACGCAGUACAGCGCCACCUGGCUGUGCCUCUCACUGUUGGGAGCCUUUGCUUGCAGAACAGGGGAUGCCUGGGCUUCAAGGCUGGGACCGGUCCUCAGUAAGGCCCCACCCAAACUUAUCACCUCCUGGAGAGAAGUUCCCACAGGGACAAAUGGAGGUGUGACUCCAGAGGGUCUGGUGGCAAGUUUUGCGGGUGGAACAGCAGUGGGAGGGGCAUACUUCAUCACCCAAGUCCUAUUUGUGACGGGCCUGCAGUCACAAACUCCUCAGUGGCCGGUCGUUGUGUACGGCGGUAUGGCUGGACUUAUGGGGUCUAUGCUGGAUUCCUUUCUGGGAGCAGAACUUCAGUACUCAGGUUAUGACGAGAGCGCUGGAAAAGUCGUGAACUACGAGUCGAGGACAACGAAGCGAAUUUGUGGAAAGCCGGUUCUGGACAACAAUGCUGUGAAUCUUUUCUCCUCCAUAAUUGUUGCCUUGCUGUUCCCAGAUAUAGCGUGGGGUCUUUGGCCAAGGGAUUAAAGUUGCUGAGUAGGGAAUUUGGAGUCGAAAUGUACAGACCGGACCCUGGGUUGGACAUUGCUUUGGAGAAAAGGGUCAGCCAAGUGACUUCUUAUCAUUUCUUUACAGCCCUACUUCCUUGAUCAUUUUACUGGAACUGAGUCACACAAAGUCCAACAGAGGAAUUUCGUAGUCUUCCUAGACGACACCACACAGUAAACAAUAUCCACUUGUUGUUUGGUGCCCAGCUCGCUCCGGUCCUUCAUGUCCAGCAGCGCUCUGGUUGCCUCCUCUCUGAAGCCUAUUACACCUGUAUUACAUUUACUGGUUGGACAGUGCGUCGCCCCCACAGGGUGCAUAUCGGAUCCCAGUUAAAGUGCGGUUUAAACCCAGUAGGACCUGCCCAUCUGAGAUGCUUGUCCCAAGACACACGGUUGUCCCAAAACUUCCAUAUUAAGUUCUGAUCAAAUAUUCAAUAUUCUUAUGAAAUAUUUCAAUAUAAUUGUAAAAGGUGAGCUAAACACUAAACCAAAUGACUUAUUUCCUUUAUUAUUAAGUGCAGUUCCUCUGUCUUUGGCAAAAAAUUGGCCCCUUCAACGCCAGUAUUAUACUAGCACUCCUCAUCACCUUUACCCCUUACUCUUUCCUAAAUUAAAUAUAGGGCACUGCAGAAGCAUUCAAGUUUUACAUACAUUGUAUGACAUAUGUUCAGGUUCCACAAAAAUGUUCAAAUAUACUGUAUAUGUAACAGCUUCACAAUUUGCUUAUAUAUCCUGAGGGUGUAAAAGAAAAUAGUUCCAGUACAUGCCAUGACUGCACUGGUGCUCACUGACUCUCAGCACACUUUACAGUAAUAUUAGAGCCCAAGUCCAUGACGGUAUACACACACACACGUAUGUAGAGAUAUCUAUGAAGGGAUGUGUAUGAACAGUGCUGUGAAAGAGCAAGUACACCCCAUGAAAAGGUGUGUCUUUCAGCAAAUCUGCAUGUUUCAAUAUUUGAUCUUUAUUUAAACAAUAUUGACAGAUAAAGGUUGUGUAACUGAACAUAACAAUGUAAGUUAUUGUGCCCAAUCAUUUAUUAAAUAAAAAAGUGAGAAAUACAAUUUUUUACUGUGGGAAAAAAAAAAAAAAAACAAGUACCACCCCUUAUCUUCAACAACUGGUGUUGGCAGAAAUCACAUCUUGUACAUGUUUUCUGUUGUGGGUUUACUUUCAGGUUAGGGUUUCGGAUAUAUUGCUAGAGUUAGGGUUAGGGGUUAGGGUUUAGGGUUUAUUGAUAGGGAGUUAGGAUGAUAGGCACUGAAUCAAGGACCUUGCAGAAAUAAAAUGACUGCUGAACUGGGGGAGAUGGUGUUGUCCUGCAUAAUUAAUAAAUAAAUAAGAAAGAAAAACCGCACAGCAGGAGGAGGUAAACCAGUGAAAAAGUCGA